AUGUUGAAACAAGGCACGUAUAAUGCAUUAAUUGGUGAAACAACAUAUUACAAUAGUGCAGCUAUCUCAUUUGAAGAGUCACACGUGGAAUUCAAACGAGCACUUGGUGAAGGCUUUGGAUGGAAAUUGUUAGAAUUGUAUUCGGGACCGCCCAUUGUCUCAUUUAAAUGGAACCAUUUUCGCCCUAUAACAGACUACUUUUCGUGUCAUGGCCUCUCCGGUCUUAUUUACAAAGCAUAUCCCACGAAUAAAAUGGUGAAUAUAUUUGGUAUGUGUAUCGCUCGUGUCAUUGAAGAUUUGCGUAUUCAAGAUUUACAAGUAUUCUUUGAUCCAAAUCAGUUGUUUACAAAACUGACAGAAAUUUGUCCCGAUGCUCCGUUUGCCAAGUUAAAUGUUGAAGCACCAGACAUUGAACCAAUAAUAAAUUCUAAUGCCGUGUUUGUUAAACAGCAAGCUUUAGAUCAACGCAAUGAUUCAUCGAGUACAGAAAAAAAUAUACCGAUUGCAGGUUUUAGUAGUCUCAAAUCAAAAGCACUGUCGUCAUUGGUAUGUACAAUAAGUUAA